AUGCCGGAGACUUCCCACCCUUAUUAUCCCGUCGACGCAGACAUUGGGGGCUACACGCCCAAUCGGAGCCCUGUCCUCGAGCUCCUCGUCUCCGCGGGAGGAGCCUGCGCGGCCUUGCUCGGAUUGACCUGGAUUGUCACCAGCUACGUACGACCCAAUUUGCGCAUGGCAGAUCGGAUUGCCAUCCUGUGGUUUGUGCUCUCGGGGACACUCCACUGCUUUUUCGAGGGCUAUUUCGUGAUCCACCAUGAUCAGAUGGGUUUGGGCCAGGACCUGUUUGGACAGCUCUGGAAAGAAUACGCGUUGAGUGACUCGCGGUAUAUGACAUCCGAUACACUGGUGCUGUGCAUGGAAGCGAUGACCGUGGCGUUGUGGGGCCCUCUCUGCUUCGCUGUUGGAUAUCUGACCGCAACGAAUUCCAGCUUGCGCCACCCCAUUCAGAUCAUCGUGUGCAUGAGCCAUCUCUAUGGCGAUACACUGUACUAUGUGACGAGCCUGUUCGACCAUUAUGCGCGAGAUGUACCCUACUGCCGACCGGAGCCAUACUAUUUUUGGGUCUAUUACUUCUUUAUGAAUUUCAUCUGGAUCGUUGUUCCUUCGUACUACCUGCUGGACAGUAUCCGCACCGUCUCGGCUGCAGUUCGGGCGCAGCGCAAGUCAGCCGAGAGUAAAUCCCGGUAG